AUGUAUACAGAGGGAGGUGUUGAAGGGAGGCAUUACUCUGCCAAUAUCAAUAUCUUGCUUGUCGACGAUGAUAUCACCACUCUAAACAUAGUUUCUGCAAUGCUCAAAACAUGGAGCUAUGAAGUUGUGACUGUUCCGAACCCUAUGGAUGCUCUUUCCAUCCUUCGAAAGGGAAAAUGCUCCUUUGAUCUGGUUGUUACAGAUCUCCACAUGCCUCAGAUGAAUGGUUUGGAGUUGCAGAAGCUAGUACAUGAUGAGUUUGAGCUACCCGUCAUUAUGAUGUCUGCGGAUGACAAAGAGAGCGUGAUACUGAAGAGUCUAGAGGGAGGAAGUGUGCACUAUAUAGUCAAGCCUGUGAGCAGAGAAGACAUACAAAUGGUUUGGAAGUGUGUUCUUCAAUCUAGGAAGAGCAGAUCCUCCAGUGUCACCCUCGAGGAGAUAAUGGAUGUCGGUGCAUCGGGAGAAUUUGCAUCCGGCCAGCUGCUGCGGGGUCCUGGUGAGCUCGAGGACUUAGAUUGCAUCUCCAUCAACAAUGACGUCAAAUAUAAGGAUGAUCACAAAAAGGGACAGUCCGGUAAGAAAAAAAUGCGUAAGAGGGAUAGGAACAUGGACGAUGAAGAAGAUGAUGAUGGUGAACAUGAUCGGCGUCUGCUUGCCAGAAAGAAGGCGAAAGUGGUGUGGAGUAAUGCACUUCACAAUCACUUUCUGCUGGCCAUCAAACAUAUAGGCUUGGACAAGGCUGUGCCAAAGAGAAUCCUCGAGUUCAUGAAUGUUCCUGGCUUGACUAGGGAGAACGUAGCUAGCCAUUUGCAGAAGUACCGUAUGUUCUUGAAGCGAGUUGCGGAGAAAGCUAGACUGUCAAAAUGCUUGUCUGAGAGGAUAUUCAGGUCAAGCUUGGAAUUUGGCCUUCCAAGUACAGCAUCUUUCAAUCAUGUCCAACGAGAACAAUAUGCUGAAUACCUGAAACAACAAUUGCAGAUGAAUGAAAUGGGACUCGUACCACCAUUGCAGAAUACCCUAGCUACUCUUGGUACUGCCCACCUUGGAUCGAGCUCGUUCCAAUAUCCGAUGAAUUACAAUCAGCAAUCAGCAGCUCUAAACCUAGCUAGCAACGACCCUCAGUGUCACCAACUCUUUGGUUCGGGGCAGUCGCGUCUCUUGAUGAACAAUACUCUUCAGCAACAACGUUCAAUGCAGCUUGGUAAUGGAAUGAACAUGUUUUCUCAAGCAAACCACGGCUCCGGUUUUGGAAUGCAGAUGAUGAACAACAACGAUGGAAGCAUGGGAGGCUAUGGCAGUCUGAUGAAUAAUGGUGGAAAUGGCCUUAUGAAUGGUGGUACCAACUGGAUGGAAACUUACUCGCAACAAAGUCAAGCCAAGCAGCUUCAAAAGGCACUAAAUUUCACCUCUAACCCAUUCAACUUUGGGAACACACCCAGAGUUUCAUCUCCAAGCAUUGACAACCUGAUGAGUCCAAUGAACAAUGCUAAUCGGGGGCCAAGCUUUGGUGGCAUAAUCAGUCAACCUGCCCGUGGAUUCGACAAUAUUAUAAACGGUGGAUAUAAUGGAUUGGCCAUCAACAAUGAAGUUGUCAAUGGGAUUACGAACGGAGUUCGUAAUGUCAACCUAUACGGUACUAAUUGCAAUGCACCAACACUAGGGAAUUUUGGAAGUAAUGUUUCUUCUUCUAGAUUUGAGACUAGUACUGCAAACCCAAUUGCACCAAGUUUUCCGAGAAACAUUCAGCAGCAGCAAAAUGCUUCACUAUCGUUGUCACCAAAUGGGAUGCAACCAAAUCGGUAUGGCAGGUCAUCAACUUCUGGGUGUGGAAACAAUGAUUUUUCCUUUAGUGCUCUAACGAACAACUCCACGAGAAACUUCAACAUUUCUCUGGCCAAUGACGACGAUGACAUGAUGGUGAUCAAUAAUCUGGUCUUGCAGCAGCUCGAAAACUGCCAGCCUCCUUCUCAUCAGAAACAAGGUGGGGAAGAAGUUCCUGUCAACUUGACUAGCAUGUUAUAUCAAGACAAGGUUCCUGCACCUAAUCCUACAAUCGAUGCACAAGUUCAGAUGAACACUAAUCAUGCUGCCUAUGGUCUAGUUCAGCAGACCCCUAAUCAUGUUGCAAAUAGUCAAGUUCAGCUGAACCCUAAUCCUUCUGUGAAUGGCGAAGUUCAUCAGCUUAACGUCGCUAAUCCUUUAUCAAAUGAUCGAGUUCAGCUGACCCCUAAUCCAUUUGUGAACGGCCAAGAUCAGCAGAACCCUAAUCUUAAUGAAAUUAGUCAAUUUGAGCUGAACCCUUCACCUACUCCUACUGUCCACUCCCAAGUUAAGCUUAACUCUGCUGUUAACUAUGAGGCUCAGCUAAACCCUAUCCGUUUUUUGAACAUUCUAAACUCUAAUCCUGCUGCAGACCGUCAUCUUGACCUGAACCCAACUGCAAACCAAGUUGAGAACCCUAACAUGAGCUCUAGUUCUGCUUCUAACAGUCAGCUUGGUGAGCUGAACCCAACUGCGAACCAAGUUGGGAACCCUGACUUUUUUGGCUUAGGUUCGUACCAUAAGGAAGAUAAUGCAGCUGAUGAUGAGCAAUCUUGGAGCCUGGGAGAGCAAGGAGGUAAUCAGCAGAUGCUCAACUCCGAAUUCACUAGCAACAUGUUUCAGUCGGAUGACUAUUCUAGUCUACUUGAUCAACAGUUCGCUUCUCAGGAUGGAGAUGAUGACUUCCUGAAUGCACUAAUUGGUUUCGGUGACUAUUGA